AUGGUGCAGCUGCAAGAGAUAACGGAAGAUGUAGCCGAAAAGCUGAGGCUGGGUGAGACCAGCCACGCCAGGGCAAGUGAAAAGACGCAGUCUAGGUCAACGGCAGUCCCAGCAUCAGCCCCAGCAUCAGUGGCCGGACCUGAGCUGCCACCGGCGAUUGCGUUCGCGCAUUCACGGACGGCAGACGAGGUGUUGGCGGAGCUGAACAAGUCACCGCUGUUCAUGACGAAUCUGGAGGACAACGACGACAUAGCGGCGCUGCAGGCGCUGGCGUACGAGGGCACGCCGCUGGAGAACGCGGAGGGCUUCAAGGAGCGGGGCAACGAGUGUUUCCGGGAGUCGCUCUGGGCAGACGCGCGCGAGUUCUACGACAAGGGCGUGGCGCUGCUGGUGGCGGAGGACCGGCGACGGGCGCGGGGGGAAGCGCCGGCGAAGCGACAGAGGUCAGAAGAAGAGGAAGAGGUGGAGGUGGAGGAGGCUUCGAUGGAUCUGAGGGCUGGCGGCGACAGAAAAAAGGAAGAAGAGGAGGAGGCAGAUCCAGACUCGCCAGAGCAGCUGCAGGUGCACCGGGCGGUGCUGGAGCAGCUGUACGCGAACCGGGCAGCAUGCCAGCUGAGCCUACGCAACUUCCGGGCGUGCACGCUGGACUGCGGCGCGGCUCUGCGGCUGAACGCAGCCAACACGAAGGCUUGGUACCGGAGCGGGCGAGCGUUGCUGGCGCUGGACAAGACGGACGAGGCGGCGGAGGCGUGUCGGGGCGGGCUGGCGGCGGCGCCCGACAACACGGCACUGCAGCGGUUGGCCGUCGAGGUGGCCGCGCGCGCUCAAGUGGUGGCAGAACGACGGCGCCGUGACGAAGAGCGCGAGGCCAAUGCGAGACGGCGCGAGGCUCGAUUGCGGGCGGCGCUGCGAGCCCGUGGCAUCCGCACGCGCACGACGGAGAAGCCGCCCGAGAUGGAGGACGCGGCCGUGGCACUGACACAACCCGAUGACGACGGCGCGCUCUCGACAGACGUCUCGGCCAGCACGCUCGUCUUUCCGACCGUGCUGCUGUACCCGCUCAGGCUGCAAUCGGACUUUGUCAAGGCGUUUGGCGAGCUCGACACGCUGGCAGACCACCUGGCAUAUGUGCUGCCGCCGCCGUGGGAUGGCGUCGAGGGACAAGCAGGAGCAUACGGAAGCGCAGCGGCCGUCGACUGCUUCCUCGAGACCAUGGCCGGCGGGCUGGUCAAGGUGGGCAAGAAGAUGGGGCUAGGCCGGAUCCUAGGCCAGGCACAGGUGGAGGUGGUGGAUGGGUUGGUGCGGGUGUUUGUGGUGCCACGAGCAGAGUCGGAGGAGUGGGUGAAGGACUUUAAGCAGAAGAGGGCAGUGGAGGGGGAGGGGAUGAGGAGGGGAGAGGAGAGGGAGGGGAGGGUGGGAAGAAGAGGGAGAGAAUGA